UUGCGUCCGCCGCCGCCGCCUCCCGAGAAGAAGGUCCAGUUCAAGGUCGAAGACGAAGUGGAGGCCUUCUACAGCGACGGCUGGUGGGAAGGGGCUAUUAUUGCGGAGCACUCCGGCGGGAAAUUCGCGGUGUUCCUCAGAGGCUUUGACGAGCAGAUUGUGUUGGAAGAGAAAGAUUUGAGGUUGCCUGUUCAGUGGGUUAAAGGGAAGUGGGAGCCGCGAUUCGAACAGUUCACUCAAGGAAUGCAAGUCGAGGUGCUAACUGACGAAGACGGUUUGAAAGGUGCUUGGUUUGCUGCAACAAUUAUUGAACCUUCGGGUGAAGACAAGUACCUUAUUGAGUACAAAACCCUGAGGAAUGAUGAUGAUACUGAGUUUCUCAGAGAAGUCAUUCGUGCUUGCAACAUAAGGCCUUGUCCGCCGGAGAUCAUUGUUGUGGAUGGAUUCAAGGUGUGGGAUGCAGUAGAUGCUUACUACAACGAGGGCUGGUGGGUUGGCGUGAUUGCAAAGUCUGUGAAGCACGACAACUUAACUCAUAGAGGAAAGUCUAGAAUCUUGGAUGAAAGUGCAGCACCAGAAGCUUCAUGUUUGCAUUUAAAAGUUGUUCUCAAAUGGAAGACAGUAAAUUAG